CCAAUCGAGGCCUUGCACGCUGCACCAGUAUUCAUAUUUUGUACACCACACCGCUCGCUCCGCAUCCCAUCGCGCCACACCAUGGCCGCCCAGACCGACAGAAAGUCGCAGGUACUCAGUCGGCGCGAGAUUGAGGCUCAGAUUGCCAGUGGCCGCUCAAUUGUCAUUGUAGACAACAAGGUCCUGAAGCUCGAUGCCUGGCUCCCGUAUCAUCCUGGUGGUGACAAGGCCAUUCGCCACAUGGUAGGACGGGACGCAACAGACGAGGUCACCCGAUUUCACGCCACACAAACGCUCGAGCUCAUGAGCCGCUACCAGAUUGGCCGAGUACAAGGACGAUGGGACAACUUCCUACCCCCGAUCCAAGGAGGAAAGUUCAGGACAAAGGAAGAGCUGGAUAGGCUUUCAGAGGAGGAAUAUGUUAUAUCAGGCUCGGCUUCGGAGCAAGAGGCUGCUAGCUCCUCCUCUUCUGCAAACAACAGCCCUUUGUUUGAACCGGCAGACCGACCCGCUGAUUCUCUCCGCAAACGCAACGGCAACAACAUGGCGAGAACCACGUCCACGUCAAGCAUCUCAUCGGUUGAACUUGACAAAAAGUCUCAUCCCAAGAUGUCCCUUCUCGACAGGCGAACCCAGGAAGAACUCGACUUGGACAAGGCCAAGUACCCAUCUGUAGACCCAGUCACACAGGACAACAUCACGCGAAAAUACCGCGAGCUGCAGGUGCGAAUUCAGAAAGAAGGACUCUACGACUGCAAUUAUGGAGCAUACGGCAUCGAGUGCUUGCGCUAUGGUUUCUUCUUGUGUGCUUUCCUGUUCAUGUUACGUGCGGGCUGGUACAUUACCAGUGCAAUUCCUCUUGCCUGUCUCUGGCACCAGCUCACCUUUACAGUCCAUGAUGCCGGACACAUGGGAAUCACGCACGACUUCACCACAGACUCGACAAUUGCCAUGUUCAUCGCCUCCUUCAUGGGUGGCUUGAGCGCUUGCUGGUGGAAGUACAACCAUAAUGUUCACCAUUUUGUCACAAACCACCCGGAACACGACCCGGACAUCCAAUACAUUCCCUUCUUCUCCAUCACGCACCGCUUCAUGGAAAGUCUUACAACGACCUUCUACGGAUGGGUCAUGGAGUAUGACGCUUUCGCAAAAGUCAUGAUUCGGAUUCAGCACUACACCUACUAUCCAAUCAUGUUGUUUGCGCGUUUCAAUCUUUACAGACUCUCUUGGAUGUACUUGCUGCUUGGUAAAGGACCCAGGAAAGGCCCGGCGUGGUGGCAUCGCUACUUUGAGCUUGCGGGCAUGGUCGUCUUCUGGACCUGGUACGGCUACGGAGUCGUGUACAAGUCCAUUCCAGACAACUGGAGUCGCUUCUGGUUUGUGCUCAUCGCGCAUGCCCUGACCUCGCCGCUCCAUGUGCAAAUCACACUGUCUCAUUUUGCGAUGAGCACAGCCGACUUGGGCGUUCACGAGUCGUUUGCCCAGAAGAUGUUGCGAACGACAAUGGAUGUCGACUGUCCGCAAUGGCUAGACUUCUUCCACGGAGGGCUCCAGUUCCAGGCCAUCCACCACCUGUACCCUCGUGUCCCGAGACACAACCUGAGGAAGACGCAGAAGUUGGUGCAAGAGUUCUGUGAAGAGGUCAACAUACCGUAUGCGCUCUACGGUUUCGUGGACGGCAACAAGAUGGUCGUCGGAAGACUGGCAGACGUGGCAAGGCAGGCAGCUAUCCUUGCCGAGUGCCAGAGGACGAUUGCUGCCGAGGGCGAUUACGGAAUGCAUUGAGGGCGACAUUUUUUUCUCCAUUGCGAUUAACUAGAAUAGACUCGACUUUGAUAUCAACCCAUGGCUUGCUUGGGCGCAAUAGACGGUUACCACCGC